GCUGACAUGGCGGCAGCGGCGGCGGCUGCUUGGCAACGGGCGUGAGUGAGUGAGUGAGGCGGCGGCGGCGAGAUGUUCCUGGUGAAUUACAGCAGCAGCAGUGAGGAUGAGGAUGAGGAGGAGGAGCCGCGGCCGGGGGUCCGGGUAGAUGUCGGAGCCGCCGCCGCCGCCUGCAGCGAGGAAGUGAAGUCCCAGCGCCUGCCUAUCCCAGAGAGUGUGAUGGGAAUGUUCUCGCAAUCAGAGGAGCACCUAGACGAUAGCAGUAAUCACGAUGGUCGAAUCCGCAGCUUCCUGCACCAACGAGGGAACUGGUCAACACUGGUCUACGUGGAGUAUUAUCCUGAAGAGGAGUUUGUGGAACUUAUUGAUCUAUUACUGACACACCUGCAAGCGCACAAGCUGCCAAUGACUCGGGUAACGGAGUUCCAUGUAAGUCUGUCACAGACCGUGGUACUGCGCCAUCAUUGGAUAAGCAUUUUUGUGGAGUCGUUAAAGGAAAAGAUGACCUUUUUUGACAGGUUUUACUGCCUUUCGGAUAAAGUAAAGAUCUACACUAAUGAAGAGAAGACCAGGACCUUCCUUGGUCUAGAGGUUUCAGCUGGCAGCAACUAUCUACUGGAACUGCUCAAAGAAGUGGAUAAAUCCAUGGAGGAGUUUAACCUGAAAACUUAUCAUAAGAGCCCUUCCUUUCACAUCAGUGUGGCCUGGUGCUUGGGGGAUCUGACUGCUGAACUCGAGAAACACCAACAUGAGUUGCAGGUUCCCGCAGUUGGAGCUCCCGAAGUUGGUUCAGGCAAAGGCCCCCAACUCCUCGAGGGGCAGUGCGGACGGAGAUACGAUACGGAAAAAAAUCGCAUCUCCGUCGAGGACAUGGUGGAUAAAUUUGAAAACAGUGCCAGAAUCCUCCAACACUACGCAGAUCAGGUUCGAUGCAAGACAGGAAACAAAGUGUUCUCGUUUUCCUUGCGAUAGCGACAGAUGCAAUCUCUUUGAGGGCUCAACUUGAAGGUGGAACUUGACCGCUGGCUGAAACAAUGCUAUAACAACGACGUUACCUCAGUGCCAGUCAUGGAUCACGCAUAAUGUCUAGUUCAUCAAUGUACGGACUAGUCCUUUUUGAAAAAUGAAGGUAACUGCACUUUUACAUGGAGCAACAAAAUUAAAUGUGUAAAAAUAAGAUUUAGUCUUGAACUCAACGCUGGAGUGAAAUGGGUGAACACAAAUAAUUUAAAAGCCAUUAUAUAUCUGGAGAUAACUGCCUCAAUGUCAGUGGUCUGACGAAGUCUAUUGCUAAGUUACAAACAAUGUUUAUAAUAUUUUCACCACAUGCACUAAAGUGGUUUAAAAUAUUGCAAAACAGCUGAGCUUUACUGUAUUUAAACAUUUUCCUAUUUUUGUUUGUCUUUAUCUUUUUAUAAAACAUUUUUCAUGGACUUUCUUAUUAAACCAAAGAUUGAAGAUUUGAA